AUGUUGAUUGAGCUUACUACACUCACAGAAACGGCCUUCAACUCGGAGAUACUUGACGCCGAGUGGGCACAACAAUGUACCUCGGUCCUGAUCGAUCGCUCCAUCUACCAGUGGGAGAGCUUGUGCGACUUCCUCCCCGAUCGAUGGGACGAGGAGAGCGAAACGGCUUUAGUGAACGACAUGAAGGGUCUCAUCGUCGUAGCCCAUACCUUCCGCAAAAAAGCUAUGGCGGUAGUCUUUGACGGGGAAGAUGAGGACAUGCUCCUGAGCGCAGAGAUCUACUUUGACUACUGCGUCAGCGCAACGGGACAGGAACGUACUGGUCUGAGGUUAGAGGGGCAAAUCGUGGGCACCUCAGCAACGACAUCGGAGGAAUGCCGACUCCUGGCGGAGCGGCUGAAAAUCAUCAUCCGCAAAUACGCCGACCCUCCUAUCGAUCCCACCAAGAUUCAGGAGGUACUUGAUCUCGCUGUUAGCGCGGCGGAAGCCAGAUACUCCGAUGACGAGGCUUUCAACACGGGAAGCUCGCCAAUCUCGAGUCCUGCAAGUGCCUCCGCUUGGGACCGUCCAGGAGACUUCAAAGGGCGGAAGGAAGAGAUGGCGCGGGUUACGCAGAGAGUGUUCGACCCGACUCCGCCCUGGCCUCUUAAGGCUAUAGAUUUCGAUCCUUCACUCGGACUGAGGAACAAGAACGGUCUCGAGACGUUGGAGAGGAUAUGGUGUUUUCGCGAAUGGCUGAAUGAGAGCCGCAACAAACUACUGAGCGACGAUGACUUCGAGCUCCCCACGGAGACCACCGGACCGGUAUUGAACCGCUGA